AUGUUUUCGACUCUCCUGUUAGUGUCUAUUCUAAUUGGUGCCCUGGUAUUAUAUCGUUUGUCCCUCCUUUUUAAUCGUCGAUUUCUACCUCUCCCUCCUGGACCCAAGGGACUCCCGCUGAUAGGGAACCUCUGGGAUGUUCCCGUAGACUACCCAUGGCUUACCUAUGCGCGAUGGGCUGCCACCUACGGCGACGUUUUGUAUCUGGACACACCCGGAAAUCCGACCAUUAUAAUCAACUCGGCUCAGGCAGCAGCGGAUCUCUUCGAAAAACGUUCUGGGAAUUAUUCCGAUAGGCCAGAUUUCACCAUGUUAAAGCUGUCAGGAUGGGACAUCAACUUUGGUUUUAUGCGAUAUUCUGAUAGGUGGAGAAAACACCGCCGAAUGUUUCACCAGUACUUCCAGCCUCGUGCCGUUCCGGCGUACUACCCUGUGCAAAUGAAGGCCACAUUAGACUUGCUCCAACAGUUGCAUAGAUCUCCCGAUGCAUAUGUUAAGCAUGUCCACCACCUUGCCGGUUCAAUCAUCCUGAAGACUACCUACGGAUAUGAUGUAGACCCAAAUGGUGAUCACUUCGUAGAAUUGGUGGAUCAAGCUCGGGAAAGUGGUCGCGCCGCUGGGAAUGUGGGAUCCUUCCUCGUCGACUACAUUCCCAGUUUGCAAUACCUUCCGCAAUGGAUGCCUGGCACAAAGUUCUUGAGUCUUGCGUCCGCGUGGAGAAAAGACAUUGAUGAUAUGGCAGAAGAGCCGUUUAAAUAUACGAUGGAGUCGCUGGUGAAGGGCAUCGCACCCCCUUCAUUCGUAGGGGAAAAUCUGACGAAGGAGGUGUCAGAGGAUGCGAAGCACCCUGAAAUUGUACGGAACAUAGCUGUGGUUGCCUUUAUUGCGGGAGCUGGCUCUACCGCGUCUGUCAUCCUUUCCAUGAUGCUCGCCUUCCUUCUUUACCCAGAAGUACAAGCUAAAGCCCAAGCUGAGGUGGACGCGGUGCUUGGUCACGGCACCCGCCUACCGAAUUUCGAUGACCGUCCGCAGCUGCCGUAUAUCGAUGCUAUCGUGUUGGAAGCACUGAGAUGGAACCCUGCUGCACCGAUGGGUAUUGCUCAUCGUACCAUGGAAGAGGAUGUUUACAGAGGAUAUUAUAUCCCUGCGGGCGCCACUGUUAUUGGCAAUAUUUGGGCCAUACUUCAUGACGAAAAAGACUAUCCUAACCCUCUGGUAUUCGAUCCCGACCGGUUCAUGCCCCAAGAUGGUAAAGAAGUCCAACCUGAACCCACAGCUGUGUUUGGUUUUGGAAGACGUAUCUGUCCCGGCCGUUAUCUUGCAGUAAAUACUGCUUGGAUUGUUGUUGCAUCUAUGGUUUCGACAUUGUCGUUCUCCAAGGCGGUGGAUUCUGAAGGUCGGGUCAUUGAACCGAGUAAUACCUAUACGAGCGCUUUUGUGAGUUUUCCCAUGCCUUUCAAAUGCAUGAUCAAGGCGCGUUCGGCUGCGGCGCAGGCGUUGUUAGAUUAG